AUGGCUAUCAUUAUGCUGUUUCUCCAAAUUUUCCAACUUUUCCUACUUUUCCAACCUGUCAUAAACAAGCUAUGGUGCCGACUACUGCAGUUUGUUAAGCAGCAGGACCCAGGAGUGGAUCAUGAGGACCGCAUCCAAGCCCUCGAGAUAUCUGAUCAGUCGAGGAGACAACGCGCAAGCCGACCAGCCGAACCUACCCUUAACAUCGAUCAAAUCGCUGCUAUUCUUCUUCGGGCCCUGGAAGAUUAUGAUAAUGCACAAGAUGCUGCUGAAAGUCGCCGAGCUCGACCUGCCACAUCCCAGAGUCGAUCAAACAAAUCAGCACCCCAAGGGAGACAUCGAAGCACCCGCUCCUCUCUCUAG